CGCGUCCAAUAACGUGCCCCUGGCGCUCAUUGACAUUCAGCUUCAUUGAACAAACCUCAAAACGCGAAAAUUGAAAACUUCUCAAUUGAAUCACACAAUUACUGCUUCCUCCUUCUUCAUCGCACCCACAAUUCAUCGCAUAUUUGAAUCGCAACAAACCAUCCUCAUUCAAUCUCGACAGAAUCGCAGGUUAAGUGGCUGUGGAUUGUUGUGAAAUUUUGGUUAUCAGUGGAAGCUUUAAGAAAUAGUCAGUUCUGGAAAUGAUGAAUGGAACUCAGACUCAGUAUUCGGGUGAAAGUUCUGGUUCAACUUCCCUUAGCAGUCAGCAGGACAUUGAGGAUGACCGGAUGAUUGCUCUUGUGCUGUCAGAAGAGUAUGCAAAAUUAGAUGGCGGAGUUGGUCGGCGCCUUUCCAAAUUGGAACCUGUCGCGCAUGUGCCCAGGAUAAAUUCCUUCAUCCCCACCAUAAGUGAUGCCAGUAUGGACCACCAGCGUCUGCUUCAGAGGUUGAACAUCUAUGGUCUAUGUGAAGUAAGAGUAUCUGGAGACGGAAAUUGUCAGUUCCGUGCACUUUCAGAUCAGCUGUAUAGGUCACCUGAACAUCACAAGCAUGUCCGUAAAGAGAUAGUAAGACAGCUCAAAGAUCACCGUUCCUUAUAUGAAUGCUAUGUACCAAUGAAGUACAAACGGUAUUACAAGAAAAUGGCUAAGUUAGGAGAAUGGGGGGACCAUGUUACCUUACAGGCAGCUUCUGAUAAGUUUGCAGCGAAGAUAUGCCUAUUGACAUCAUUCAGAGACACUUGUUUCAUUGAAAUUAUGCCACUGUAUCAAGCACCACAGCGUGAAAUAUGGUUGAGCUUCUGGUCUGAGGUUCAUUACAAUUCACUGUAUGAAGUUCGAGAUGCACCAAUCCAGCAUAAACCAAAGAAGAAACACUGGCUGUUCUAGGAGAGGAAGAUAUAAGCUCUAAAAAGAUGUAGUGCAGUGCAUACAUUCUGUAUCAUUUAUAGAUAUUGAGAGAGGUCCACAAAACUCCCUUUCAACUUUGAGGCUUUGGCCAUAAACCUCUAAUUUAACUCCUUACAAAAUCCGGAGACAUCUCAAAGGCCACUAUCAUCUACUCUUUUUAUUUAUCAACUUCUCUUUGCUAGAAAACAACCUUCACAGCACACUAUUUCAUCCCACUUGUUCAGCAAUUGGAUCUUACUGAUCAUCUCCUUGUUUGGUUCACAAGAUCUUAAAAUUAGUCAUAUCCUUUAUGAAUACAGAGUAGCUAUUUACAGUAUGUUUGGAUCUAGCUCUCUCUCAUCGUAAUUAAUUCUAGCCCCCAGAAGCAACCCGCAGAAGAUUUGUCUUUAGAAUCAAUUAUCAAUUUUAAAAGAAUUCAAAGGUGGACUGCCAAAUUUGAAAAUUGAAAAAUCUCUCAGCCAAAGUUUCAAAGUUGAGGUAAGCUGUGGACAUCUUUUCUUGUAGAUAAAAAAACGGAGGAAGCUGGAGGGAGAGAAUCACUUGUAUGAAAAAUCCCUUAUACACUUAGCAGUAUACCGGUGAUGAUUUUUUAUUAGUUUACUUUCAGCAUGCCUUUUUAAACCAGGCUGAGCAGUAAUGAUUUGUAUUCUUCACUAGUGUUUUUACCCGUGCGCUGCACGGCGAAAGAUUUUUCUAAUUUGUUAUGACAA